GGUCAUGGCAGAAACAUUAGAGUAUCAGAACUGGGAAGGGCCUCGGAGACCAUCCGAAGCAUGAUGGAAACAACAACGUCCAGCGCCACUUUGCAAGGGCGCCGACAACAUGAGGGCCUGGCGGAAGGCCAGCGGCGCCCGAGGUCACCCCGAAACUCAGAGGCCGAGGAAAAAUUUGAGCCCAGGCACUCUAACUACAGACUCAGCGCUCUUUCCCCCUGCACCACUCGGGCCGAACUAGAUUUAAAAUCGUUUCUGCUCUGCGCGUCAUCGAAGAAAGGAAUCUGGAGAGUUCGGCUCCGGGCGUAGGCCCAGAUUAAGGGGGAUGGAGUGCGUGUGCGCUCUUGGGUAGGGGGGUGGGGCGGGAAGGGUUUUCUAAAGCAAGCGAUGGAUCUGUGACGUCAAGGAGAUGGGGCCAAUUGCCAUUCUCUGGGCAACAUCAUUGUAAAAAGCGCCGGACGUACUCGGAUUCGGGUCCUUACGUCACCGAAACGGCUGAAGCCAUUUUGAACUCGGUGACUAGCAUAAUUCUUUUUGCUUCCAAUCCUGGCUAAUCCGCGAGGUCUAUAUGUAGCCAAUCAAAUCUGAGGGUUUGGUGGAAGUGGCGAACGGAGAAGGAACUUGAGGCUGGGGUGGUGGCCAAACCAAGACCAAUUGCAAUCCCGUCGUUAUAGCAACGAGGAAGACGGAGAGGAAAGGGCGGGUCCAAGGGAGGAACACCUCCUCCGGAUAGGCCCGCUCUCUCUCUCACAUGCUUGUUUGCGACCAUUUCCCAGCCAACCGGCGGCUUCGGAAUUUACGCGCUCAUAGUCCAAUAGGAUCUCUGGAUUGUGAAUGAACCGAAGGAAGGACGGGGGCGGGAAUUGGCUGGAUUGUUAAUAGCUAGAAUCUGUGUCCUGGAGCCAAUUGAGCACGACACAGAGCAAUGGGGAACGAGUGGUGAUGCUGAUACAGUGCACUCUAAUUUGCUGCGGACAAUAGGGUCUGCCAGAACAUCUUACGGCUUAUCCUAUGACGCAGCAUCUUGACUGUCGGCCGCUUCGUCCAAUAAGCACUCUUUAAGGGCGGGGCAAUGCGUGCCUCUCCCUCCCCGGACUGGCGACCAAUCCUUUCUUUCCGAACGCGAUGUGACUGGUGGGCAGGAUCACCAAUGGAGGCUCGAAGACCUUGACGGAUGACCAAUGGGCAGGAGCAGGGGGGCGGGCUUUUCGGACCUUCUGGGUUUGUAUAUGUGUUUAGUGGGGGAAGACCUGUGUUGCGCGGGCAACAGUUGAGGGGCCAUGGCAGCGGCCAGGAAGGAGGACGGAGGCUCCGAAGGGCCAAACCGAGACCGGGGAGGGGCAGGUGCGGCCUUCGAGUGUAACAUCUGUCUGGAGACAGCGCGGGAGGCGGUGGUCAGUAUGUGCGGCCACCUGUACUGCUGGCCUUGUCUCCACCAGUGGCUGGAGACUCGACCUGAAAGACAAGAAUGCCCUGUGUGUAAGGCUGGAAUAAGCCGGGAGAAAGUUGUUCCACUCUAUGGGAGAGGAAGCCAGAAACAACAGGACCCUAGAUUGAAAACACCGCCACGUCCACAGGGCCAGAGGCCUGCCCCUGAAAGCAGAGGGGGAUUCCAUUCGUAUGGAGAUGCUGGAGGCUUCCACCUUUCUUUUGGUGUGGGUGCCUUUCCCUUUGGUUUUUUCACAACUGUCUUCAAUGCCCAUGAGCCUUUCUACCGGGGUCCAGGUGUGGACCUGGGACCCGGCCGUCCAGGCUCCGGCUGGCAGGACUCCCUCUUCCUCCUCCUAGCCAUAUUCUUCUUUUUUUGGCUGCUCAGUGUCUGAGCUGCCCCCUCUUAGGGGCCUCCCCCAACUAGAGGGAGAAUCAGUAUUGGAGGGCCCCAAAACUUUUUUUUUUAGGUAUCUGCUCUCUGCUGGCUGAGGACAGACACAGCCUCCCCCAAUCCCAUCCCUCUAAGUGAGGGAGAGGGAAUCAACUGAUUACUGACUGGGAGAGCCAGAGAACCCUUUCCUCUCUAGUUGCUAAGUUCAGAUGCAACUUUACUCCCAACUUGAGGGGUGAGGGAGUGAGAAAUGGGUAAGGGGACUGUCUACUUUCUUCUCUACUUCUUCCCAAGUUCUCUUAUUUGGGAUGAAGAGGAAGUGUUCUUUAUUCUCCCAAUUUUUGAUUUAAUUUAAUUUUCCCCUCUAUGCCUAGGAUGGGUUCUGUCUCCCUACCUUCAUCCCCAUCCUCACGCCAUAAUUUGUAAGGAAUUCAAUAAAAAAAAUUGAAAAUAU